AUUUUAAAAUAUUAGACAUAUAGAUGUUUGAAUAUUUAAAGAUGUUUCUUUAUAUAAUUUUUGAUUUAAGAAAUGUUUUGAAGAUAUGUUUAACAUAUCAGAAUAUGAAUUUAAACUAUGAUGAUGAAAGAAAAUAUAAUGUUACUGUUUCUAAUUAAAAAGUUUUUCUAAUUAGAAUUCUAAUUAAUAAUCCAAUGAAACUUAAAAUAAAAAUCCUAUAUCCCAUGUUCCAUUUAGAAACACUGCACUUGACAGUUGUGCUGUUUCCUAUCAUAUGCUGUAAAAGACAAUAGACAAUUAAGUGAAUUAUUUAGAUUAUGUAUUUGAUUUGUUGCCAUGGUGGAUAAUUGAUAAGAGUUUCAGUUUUAGAGCACACUUAUUUGACAUUUUUGCUAUUAAAUAAUUUUAUAACUUAAAAUAGCAUUAAAUUGAUAACUUAUUUUAAUUGUAUUUAAGGCAUUUUAUUAUUAGUAAUGUAACUUUGAAAAUUGUUUCUGGACUUUCAUAUUUUUAUGCUUAAUGUGGAAAAUAUAAAGUGAUUUAAAAUCAGUUAUAAUGUUUGCUUCUUAUGGUUUAUUCCAAUGACCUUUAAACCAGAUUUAUUCACAGCAAUCUCAUCACAUCAAUGGCUGUUUUUUACUAAGGAUGUUCAUAUUGUACUUUGUAAAAGUUGGUUCUUCUUCUUUUCCUUGAUUACUUGAAAUGCAUUUCAGAUUUUGCAAAAGUAACAUUUUCUUUCACUCUUUGAUUGAGAAGAUACACUAUUAUUUUCUCAUAAAAACAGAAAUGCAAAAUAUUACAAGAAUAUUUUAAAACUGCCACCUAAACAAUCUUUCUGCAAAAAAUCUACCAACAUAAACAAACAAAGUAGUCUUGCAUUGUGCUAAAGGUGCAGAUAAUAUAUGUAGACUACAUAAAUGAGGAAAAGAACGGUUGACGGAGAAGAUCCACUUAUAUGGUAUCUUAAAAUGUUGUGGCCAACCUGGCAACACUUACCGUGCCCUUAGUUUUUAGUCUUUGUCUCCCAGACAGCCUGUCUGAUCACGUGCACGGUACUGCCGGCAUUCUGUACAGUAUUCGAGCGCUUAAUAAAUUUGUUUUAUUAAUUGAAAUCUGCAAUUAUUUGAUCAAGACUCCAAAGUGGUAAACAGGACGUGAUCACAAGAACUUAUUUAGCCAAUUCUGUGAGUAUUUAUAUUAUAUAUUUCCAUCAUGAGCAAGAGCAAAGACCCCGUCGAGGUAGCACGUGUAUCGGUGAAAAUUCCACCCUUUUGGAGAAAGAAUGUUAGAGUAUGGUUCACACAGGUGGAAUCACAAUUCGCUGUCUCUAAUAUCACGACAGAGGUUAUGAAAUACCACCAUGUACUAGGAUCACUUGACUGUGAAAUAGCCGAAUUGGUCGCCGAUCUAAUAUCCCAACCGUUGACGAGCACGCCCUACACAGACCUAAAAACGCAAUUAAUCAACGAGUUCGAAGAAUCCGAAAGUAGGAAGGCAAAAAAAUUACUCCUAGAAAUCGAGCUAGGAGACAAAAAGCCCUCGGCACUACUUAGAGAAAUGCGGGCACUGGCCGGUACACAAGUAAUGGACGAAUUCCUUAGAACGCUCUUUCUACAGAGGUUGCCUAACAACGUGCGUUCAGUUUUAGUGACCAAGCAAGACAGUCUCCAUACCUUGGCCACUAUGGCUGACAAAAUUAUGGAGAUAACCAGUCCUAAUACAGACAUUUGUUCCACUAGUGGUGCAACCGCACACCAAACAGAUUGGCUCUCUCGUUUGGAGAAAGCUGUAUCAGAACUUGCCAUUUCGAUCCACGAGUUACGAGCACGUUCCUCAUCACGCUCAGAGAGAUGACGGCGCUCUCCCAGUCCAAAUGUACCAGGUUAUAAUGUUUGUUGGUAUCACUUCAAAUUCAAAGCGAAUGCCAUGAAGUGCACCCCACCUUGUUCUUUUAAACGUGUCAUCAAGGAAGCCUCGGGAAACGACUAAGCCCCGCUCUCUCUGCCACUCAGAGGGGCAGGGAGAAAACAUCCAAUCACUUAUUUAUUUUUGAUACUACCACUGGUUGCAGAUUCCUGGUAGACUCGGGGGCAGACAUCUCUGUCUUACCUCCCACCACCCUAGAAAAACGACAUAUCAGUAAUCGUCAACUUUAUGCAGCUAAUGGCUCCAUAAUACCUACAUAUGGGGAGCGCCUCCUUAAACUUGAUAUUAGACUCUGACAGAUGUUUUGCUGGCCAUUUACCUUAGCGGACGUACAUCCUAUUAUAGGAACAGACUUUCUACGUCACUUUGGCAUUCUUGUGGAUUUAAAGAAUAAGUGCUUGAGAGAUAAUCUCACUCACUUGGCAACCCCAGGAACUACCACCGCCACUAAUCAGCAAACUGUGCUAAUGGUAUCACCCCAACAGAAGUAUUCCAAGCUUCUUUUGGAGUUUCCCAACCUCUUGAAGGAACAACCUACAUACCAACAAGUUAGUGACCAUAACGUUUACCACACAAUCGUCACGACAGGAGCUCCAGUCACUGCUAAGCCAAGACGACUCCCUCCUGAUAAGCUUGCACAGGCAAAGCUGGAAU